CCGGCACGGCAGAGGCUCCCGUCCCGUCUGUCUGCGUAUCAAUUGGUGAUUCUGAUCCUUCCAUUCCACUUCCACUCUUGAUUCAUUUGGGUAGUUGUCAUAACCAAAACCAAUCUACACCACCAACAACCAUCUUUUCUUUGCCACCAUAGUUCUGUCUCUGUAUCGGCAUUGUUAUUGUGCGCUUCAUCUCUUGUAAUCUUUACAUCCAUAACCACCCACACAUACCGUCAAGAUGCCCAAGUCCAAGAGAGCGAAGGUGUACAACCUCACCCAGGUCACCAAGAAGAACCGCGAACAAAAGGAGAAGCUCUUUGAGAACAUCCGAGAAUGCAUCCCCAACUACCAGCACUGCUUCGUCUUCAGCAUCGAUAACAUGCGCAACAACUACCUGAAGGAUGUCAGAAAGGAGCUGAACGACUGCCGCAUCUUCUUCGGCAAGACCAAGCUCACCGCCCGCGCUCUCGGCACCACCCCCGAGGACGCCCAAGCCGACGGGCUCGACAAGCUCUCCAAGUACCUGUCCGGCUCCGUCGGCCUCAUCUUCACCAACCGCGACCCCUCGGAAAUCAAGGACUACUUCGUCAACCUGACACAAGUCGACUUUGCGCGCGCCGGCUCCGUCGCCACGCGAACCAUCACCAUCCCCUCCGGUCCCUUGUACUCCACCGGUGGCGAGGUCCCCGCCGAGCACGACGUGCCCGUCUCCCACACGCUCGAGCCCGAGCUCCGCCGCCUGGGCAUGCCCACCCGCAUGGUCAAGGGCAAGGUCUGCCUGGGUGACGAGGCCGGCGAGGGUGACGAUUACGUUAUCUGCAAGGAGGGCGAGACGCUGGAUUCCAGGCAGACGAGGCUGCUGAAGCUGUUCAGCAUCUGCUUGAGUGAGUUCCGUGUCAAGCUGCUGGCCUACUGGAGCGCGGCGAGCGGGGAGGUUACCGAGUUGGAGAAGCCUGGUGAGGCUGGUGCUGAGGAGAUGGAGGAGGAUGACGAGUAAGGGAUGUGUUCAUGAAUGAUACCCUGAAAAGAGGGACGGUGUGUAUGUGGUUGCACUUGACGAAGCGGUUGGAAAGGUUCAUGAUAUCAAGAAAUCUGCCGUACGAGAAGGGGAACUCCCUUCAACUUACAAUAACGCAACAUCGAGGGACCCAACAAGAGGGUGUGGGGAGGGGACCGGUCAAAAUUUUUGCAAACGUCAUUAUUUCUCGUUUUUUUACUACUUGGCUUGUUUCCGUGUUUUUACAUAGGGAAAGGUUUACGAUGAUACCAUCUUUGUAUGGAACUUCUUCUUUUGGGGAACAUAAAACAACCGGUCAUCUUAGUUUAUGUAUUACCAGGCGUCUUAAGAGAUAGGAGGGGGCAAAGGCUCACGAAUAGAAAAAGGCUUCAAAG